AUGCGCUCGUUUACGUUACUGACUCUGGCCGCGGCUGCCGUCCCGGCUCUGGCUGACACUCACUACUUCUACUCUGGUUUCUUCUCAGGCAGCACCAUCGUCGGCGUCGAGUUCGACGAUGAGACCUCCUCUCUCACCCUCGUUAACAACAUCACCACCGAUGCGUCAUCGGGAUCAAAGUGGAUCCAUCUUGAUUCCCGCCUGAAGAACCUCUACGUCGGUACUACAGGUUACUUCCAGAGCUACACUAUCACCGACGACCUUGGCUUGGAGUACGCUAGCAACGUUAGCUUAUCGUCAAACUGCUCCAACGCCAACUUCAUCACCUCGUCCACCGACGCCCCCUACACCGUCUUCGGUACCCCCUACGGAGGCGGAUGCUCUUCCUUGGCCAUCACAGUCGACGACAAUGGUGUCCUCCAGGAGGCUACUGCGAACGUCACUUACGACAGCGCCGCCGGCGUCCACGGAACCGAUAUGAGCCCCAACAACGACUUCAUCUACUCGGCCGACGACAUGGGCAACGCUGUCUGGGUUCACUCCUACGACAACACCACCGGUGAAGUCACCGAGGUUCAGUACCUUGCUGCUGCCGAGGGCUCUGAUCCCCGCCAUCUCGCUGUUCACCCCAACGGAGGCUGGGUCUACGUCGUCUACGAGGCGGCCAGCACGAUCGCUUCCUACAAGCGUGACGCGACUACUGGCAAGCUGACCUUCACCAACACCACCUACCCUCUGCUGCCCGACGGAUACACCAACUCUUCCUCUUACUGGGCCGACGAGGUCAUGUUCUCCGUUCCCAGCAGCAAUUCGAGCGCCACCGCGCCCAAGUACCUCAUCGCUGCCACGCGAUCCCGCACUGUUGGUAUCCCGGGAUACGUCUCGGCCUUUGCCCUCGACAGCUCCACCGGCGCCAUCGCCGAGCAGCUCUUCCUCAUCCCCACCACGAACAGCGGUGGUUCCGCCAACGCAGUUUCCCCUGCCAAGUUCAGCGAGGACUACUUUGGCAUCACGGACAGCGGCUCGAACUUCCUGGAAGUAUGGAAGAUUGAUGCUAGUGGCUCAUCCACGACUGCAGCAGCUGUUGCCCACCUCGGCCUGUCGUCUGGUCCGGCCAACAUUGUUUGGUACAGCUAA